GGCCAGCGGUCACAACAACAUCCGUUGUCCACAUCUGCCCGGUGAAAAUAACGCAAAUAGCUUGUUAGAGACUUGAGGGAAAUUCUACAUUUGAUCUCCAUAUAUUACUACAAGUAUGACAUAGACGGGAUAUAGAGCAAGUGGAUUAUUUAUUAGAGCAAAGAAUGGAAAAAACAAAGAAUAACUAUAGCAAAUAAUUGCAAUAUCAAUUCGGUAUAUACUUAUAUAAGAGCGUCAAGUAAUGUCAACGCUGGUUUGGUUACUUUUGGCUGUUCCGUUUCUUGCAUUUGCUUCCAAGUUCUCCGACACCGUAGAAGAGGGCGCUCCGGGACUCUACGUAACAUGUACAAGCGAAUACAUGCAGUUAGAGAUCGAGAGAUGGUACUACCCCGAACUCGACCCGGAAACCUUCCGCUUCAACGAGACUAAGGAUCCAGAAUGCAAAGCGCACAGUAUAAACUCUACGCACGUGAUAAUGCGCACGCCUUUGGGUCAGUGUGGGACGCGCUACAACAGAUAUGCAGACCUACUGACCUUCUAUAACGGUGUAGACACGGAGGUGUAUGAUAGGGACAGUCCCAUCAGUCGCUACCCCUCCUACAUGUUCCUGUUCGAGUGCGCGUACUUCGCCACGUUUAGGGUGUCGUUGAACGCGUUUACUCCAGUUGGGAAGAUCAUCGCGAGGCCAAGAGUCCGCACGGGGAACUUCUCCUUUAAGAUGGACAUGUUCCAGACAGGAAAAUACUUUAGUCCUUACACCAAGUUCCCAGUGCGCGUGCGUGUUGGAGAGCGGGUCUUCCUAAAGAUCAAAGUGAAGACCAAUGCGUCCGACUUGGUCCUCUUCCUGGACCAGUGCAAGGCCACGCCUACACCGGAUGUCAAUUCGGAGAAGUCUUACCUGGUACUUAAGAAUGGCUGCCCAAUAGAUCGAAGCAUGGACUACAAGUACACCAAGGACAGGGAACAAAGAUUCAGCUUCAAGGCGUUCCGCUUUAUCAACCAGGGUGAGUCGAGCGAGGUGUACCUUCACUGCGAAGUCAUCCUCUGUCACAAGGCUAACAACGCCUCCAGGUGUAACCAGGCCUGUACUCCUGGCGAGAGGCCCCGGUACCUAACGCGCCGGGAAAUCACAUCAAGAGAUCCCGAUACACAGCCCGUGAAUGGUAACCUGUCAGAGCUCCUUAACCUGACGGCGCGCUCGUAUGAUGUGUCAUUAGGGCCCUUCAAGGUCUAUCUGGACCUCGAAAAAUCACGGCCCAGACCUGUAGAAUCUGGGAAACGCUCAAGUGGAAAUCUACCGUCAGCUCUAUCGGAAGUACAACUAUUGGUAAUAUUGAUGUUUCCAUGGUUACUCUACACAAGACUAUGAAAGUUUUUUUUUAGUCAGUAGAGGAUUGUGUAACCAUUAGGUAAUUUAAAUGGAAUUUUCUUUGCAACUGUGAAAAAGUCAACCCAAUGAAUUCAAGGAAUUUGUUAACACAUCGAACAAACGAUCACAAUGGAGGCGAGUUAUGGCCUCCCCUCCCCCCCUGAUAGCUUUGUCCAUCGAUGUGUUAUCAACCUCUUACUACCAUUUAAGUUUAUGCUAAUUGAUAUUUUGUGUUCAUUUAUAUAAAAUGGAACACUUGUUCAACAUCAAAGUACGUUUAUUAAAGUUAGGUAACCAUUAAGGUCCAAAAGCAUUAGUAACAAUAAUGAACAUUUAGAGAAGAAUAUAAUAUAGGUUGGAGACCUAGUUCUUAUAAAAUCGUUGUCCAGAGAAACUUCCAAAUGUGAUCCAAAGAUCCUUAUAUAGUAAUGGUAAAGUUGUUCCAAGACAUAUCUAGUCUGCAGUCUAUCUAGGCUUUUUUUUAUACUAAAUCACUAUGAAAACUUGAAAUAAUAGUUGGGUAGCUAGUAUACAUUUUUGGAAGAAAAAAAAACACAAUUCAAACCAUUUAUAUUCAACCUGUAUUCGAAACUAAGGUGUAUUUUUGCGAAUAACUUUCAGUUUGGAAAAUUUAUUUCAAGUUCAAUACUUCACAAUAAACCACAAUUUCAAACUUGCUAUGACUGAUUGGGCAACAAACGCAAUAUUAAGAACAAUAGGAGUAUAAAUAUGAUAAAUAAAAACAAUAACUCAACACUUUUAUACAACACCAUCGAUUCACAAGAUACUGUAAGCCAAUAUAUAGUCACUUCUCGUACAUUAAUUCACCAUUAUUACUAUAUGACUUUAUAUCAAUAAAUACAAAAAUAAAAAGAAGUUCAAUGCAAA